AUGCCUCUCAUCAACGGCCAGGCCAAAAUAUCCUCAUACGUACGCCCCGUGGAACAAGUAGGCUACCAUGAAGCAUUCCGCUUUGGCGGCGACCACCUCAAGAACAACGUCGCUCGGGUGGUCGAACAGAACCCGGGCCUCGGACGGACCAUACUCGACGGAUUCGGCACGAACCUGGGCAACACGGUUGUCAGCUACCGCGAAUGGGCGUUGCUGUCUAUUGCGACGCUGACAGCGAUGGGCGACACGAGCGAUCAGUUGAACGUGUAUGUCGAGGGAGCCUUUCGCCACGGGGCGACGCGCGAGGAGGUGCUGGACGUGUUCAAACACGCCAACGCAUUCGUGGGUGCUCCUCGCUCCGUCAACGCCGUCCGAAGCACUUGGGAUCUUUUAUCUACCUUGUGGCCCGAAACCGCGCAAGACGGGUACAAAGAGCACAUAAUCCGCAUGGGAGACCACGACACGCUCGUCCGCGACAGCCACGGCGCCGGCGUGCCCAUGGUGCUGAUCCACGCUCUCAGCAUGGACAGCCGGAUGUGGCGAGACGUGUUUUCCCCGAUUGCAGCCACGGGAGUCCGCGUCAUUGCGUACGAUCUCCGCGGCCACGGCUAUGCUCGCGGCGCUCCUCUAACACGCGAUCUGGAACACCUGUGCUCGGACCUCGAACUCCUCCUCGACACAUUGGGAAUCGACAGGGCUGACAUCUGCGGCGCCUCAUACGGAGGAGCCGUGGCGCAGCAUUUCGCGCUCGACUACCCUCACCGAACCCGCUCUCUCAGCGUGCUAGCAACGGCCGGCAAGGCGCCACCUGUCCUGGCCACCCGAGCGGAUCGAGCAGAGCAAGACGGCAUGGACUCUCUGGUGGCAGAGUCCAUCAUCCGAUGGUUCUUGCCCGAAACCAUCGCCGAAGACACGUGGUGUGUGCGCUACGCGCGGGGAUGCGUCCGACGCGCCCGAGUCGAGGACUGGGCCGCGGCGUGGAGAGCCAUGGCCCGACUCGACUGCCUGGAGAGGCUAGGGGACCUGAAAGGCCCCGUCCUCGUGCUUUCGGGCAGGCAAGAUGCGUCUUGCACGACGCCUAUGAUGAAGGCCAUCGCUGACGCUUGCACGAGCACGGACGCGCAGUUUGAGGAGGUCGAUCCGGGGACACAUAUGAUGGUCAUGGAGAUGCCGCAGCCCGUGGCCGAGAAGCUCAUAGCUUUCCGUGACAAGGUUGGUGGAACCGCCAAUGUAUUGAAAAUGUAG